AGAAAACCCGGAAUUAAGCCGGAAAGGGCAGGGUUCAUUUCGCGCCAAAUUGAAACAACGGAGUAGCCAGUGUCACAGGCAGGAGCUGAGGCACGCGCACCAGGCAGAGCUUUUAACUUUUAGUCCGUUCGCUGUUGGUAAAGUGUAACAUGGAAGAGACUGACAAGCUAAUCGGAGCAGGCAAGAAACACCUGGUGAUGGGGAAGGUGGUGGAGGCGGUGAGCUCCCUGCAGGAGGCCUGCGGCAUGCUGGCAAAAAAGUAUGGGGACACGGCUGAUGAGUGUGGGGAGGCUUUCUUUUGGUGCGGCAAAGCCUUGCUGGAUUUGGCACGGAUGGAGAACUCCGUGUUGGGUAAUGCCCUAGAGGGAGUCCCAGAAGAAGAUGACGACAACAGACCCAAUGACUCUAAGAUUGAAAGUACAGAGAACAUUGAUGAGAAGACAAGAGAUGAGCUGAGGGAUCAGGUGUAUGAUGCCAUGGCAGAGAAAGAGGCUGAAGACAAAGAAGCUGAGGGGAAGGAGAGCGACGACGCAGGGAAGGUUGAAGGGAAGGACAGCGACCAUAAAGAGGAGGCUGAAGAGAAGGAAAAGGUUGAUGGGAAGGAGAGCGGCCAUAAAGAGGAGGCUGAAGAGAAGGAAAAAGUUGAAGGAAAGGAGAACGGCAACGCAGAGGAGGCUGAAGGGAAGGAGAGCGGCCUUAAAGAGGAGGCUGAAGAGAAGGAAAAGGUUGAUGGGAAGGAGAGCGACCAUAAAGAGGAGGCUGAAGAGAAGGAAAGCGGCCUUGAAGAGAAGGAAAAGGUUGAUGGGAAGGAGAGCGGCGACGCAGAGAAAGUGGAGGGGAAGCCAAGCAAGGGUGCAGAACAGACUGAUGUAGAAAAGGCAGAGGCUGGUGGUGAGCAAAAGAACACGGAGGAAGAGGCUGAAGAGGAGAAAAUGGCUGAGGGAGAUGAGAAAAACAGUGACAUCAAUGACACUAAAUCUGGUGAGCAGGAAGACGAGUCGGCCGACCAGCAAGAUGAAGUACAAGAUGAUGAAGAGGGUGAGGAAGAUGAAAUGGAAACAGAAGAUCAAGGUGAAGCAGAUGGCACCGCUGAGAAGGACAGUGAGGAUGAGGAGGUGGGGAACCUGCAGUUGGCCUGGGAGAUGCUGGAAGUAGCCAAAGUCAUCUACAAAAGAAAAGAGACAAAAGAGGACCAGCUGAUGGCAGCUCAGGCCCAUCUGAAACUUGGUGAAGUUUCUACUGAAUCAGGGAAUUACACGCAGGCAUUGGAUGAUUUCCAGGAGUGUCUGAAGCUGCAGCAGAAGCACCUGGACUCAGACAGCCGCCUGCUUGCUGAGACUCACUACCAACUUGGCCUCACCUACAGCUUGAACCUCGAGUUCAACAAAGCCAUCGAGGAGCUGAACAACUCCAUCUCAGUCAUAAAGAGCAGACUGGACAAACUACAGGAGCUGCUAGAAAAAUCUGAUUGCCCAGACGCUUUGCCCGAUGAGAGGAAGGAGAUGGAAGAGCUGAAGGCUCUGCUGCCAGAGAUCCAGGAGAAGGUGGAGGAUGCCACUGAGGGACAGAAAACUGCGAGCAAUGCUACUCAGGCUGUGAAGGAUGUACUGGAUGGAGAUGCCACUUCUGGUUCCUCUCUACACAACAGUGGUUUGUCUACUUCUAAUACUAAUAGCACGACUACCAAUGGUGACAGCACUACUAAUGGGGAGGCCUCCUCAGCCCCCGUCUCUGACAUCUCCCACCUGGUCAGGAAGAAGAGGAAACCAGAGGAGAGUCCAUUGAAGGAAGGAGUGGUCAAGAAGGUGAGGCAGGAUGACGCGAUCGUUGAACAGGAGCCUCACACUAACGGCAUUGACAAAGCUACAAGUGAUACUAAAGAUAUGGAAGUCGAGAGUCAGUGAAGUCAGAAACUCAAGUUGUUUCCAACAGUUUCCCCGUUGUGCCUAACUUUAUACUGUUGCUCUGCUUGUUUGCAGUUGUAAAUGUCUCUUUCUAUGCCUGUCAGUGUUUAUAUAACUAUUUACUGUUCAAUAAAGUUAUGAGUUUGAUAAAA